AGCGGUCGCGUAAAGAUUGAAUAGUCCCCAGUUCCCCAAUUUCCCCAGUCAUUCAUCAAAAUAUUGAAUCAACGUGUGCGGCGGUGGCAAGUCAAUAUUUGGCUUUGGUGAACUCAUUAGCAAGGGACAAAAGGACUCACCAAUAAAUCGGAAAGGCAGUGAAAGUCCUUUGGCACAAUGAGACGAUUGCUUAUGUUUGUAGUGCUCCUGACCGCACAACUGCAGAUCCAGGCACAAACUGCACUAAGCUAUGAGCAAGCACGACAAGCUGUUCUCACGGCGGAGGAGGAGCUAAUGACUGGGGGACACACUCACCUGAACACGGAGGAGGAGAAGGUGGACGAUAUAUUCAUGGAGUACAAGCUGGGAGAGUUGGCCCAGGGAUUCCGGAAUGCGGAGCAAAAUGCGGCCGCUCUGCACUUUUUCAAGGCCAAACCGCUGAUCGAUCGGAGUGCGAUCUUCCGGUUUCUUCAGAAGAUGCCCAAGGGCUCGGUGCUGCAUGUGCACAACACCGCCUCCGUGAGCUCCAAGUGGGUGGUGGACGAUCUGUCGUACAUGCCCGGACUGCUGCGCUGCACGACGGCCACGGGACAAAGUAUCCUGUCAUUCCGCAGGACUCCGAAGGAGCACAAGUGCCAGUCGCAGUACGUGCUUGUUUCGGAUGAGCGGCGAAACUCGUUGGAUCGUCAGGUCUACGAUCGGAAUUUCGAGCGUCUGAUCAACUUGUACACUCCAGUUCCAGAGCUGGAGUACCCCACCAUUACCCGGGUUUGGGAUCGAUUCCAGGGCAUGUUCGACGGUCUCAGCGAUGCGUUAAUCUACUUGCCAGCCUUUCGAGCUUAUCACUGGCAGAUGCUGGAGGAGCUCUACAAUGACAAUGUGAUGUACACAGAGAUUCGGACCAGUUUCAAAACACUAUAUGAUGCCAGUGGACGCACUUUUCCCAGAGAGCGUACUAUCCACGAGCUGUAUGCCUUAAAUCAGAAGUUCAUGAAGCUGCAUCCUGAUUUUCUGGGCUUCAAAGUCAUUAUGGCCGUCUAUCGCGGCUAUGAACUCGAUCAUCUUAAGGAUAUAGUCGAGGUGUUCAAGAAGUUGCACCAAGCAUUGCCACACUUUCUGGUUGGAUUCGAUUUGGUGGGUCAGGAGGACAAGGGAAAGCCACUCUACUCCCUGCUGCCAGUCCUCAGAGAUCUUCCGCCAACAGCUCGGCUUUUCCUACACGGCGGAGAGACCAAUUGGUUUGGUGCCUCAACGGACAUUAAUCUGCUGGACGCCCUUUUGAUGAACACAACACGCAUUGGUCAUGGUUAUGCUCUGGCUAAGCAUCCGAUUCUCCUGAAUGCAGUCAAGUCACGCCGGAUUGCCGUGGAGCUUAGUCCCAUUUCGAAUCAGGUGCUGCAUCUGGUUUGGGACCUGCGCAACCAUCCGGGCUCCCAGUUUUUUGCCCUCGAUGUGCCCGUGGUGAUAUGCAACGAUGAUCCUGGCUUCUGGAAUGCCAAGGGUCUGAGCUACGAUUUCUAUUAUGCCAUCAUGAGUCUGGCGCCAAACAAUGCGGGACUGAGGCUACUGAAGACACUGGUGUGGAAUUCGGUGCGAUACUCCACGCUGACGGAGGAGGAACAGACGAGAGCUUUCAAAAUCCUUGAACUCAGCUGGUCGCGAUUCAUAGACGACGUAUUGGAGGGCAGUGUAUUUUAAAUGAACUUAUAAGUGAAAAUAAACAGCCAAAGAGUUUAU